AUGCAGGUAUUUGAUGCGCAAUGUCACGUGCACAGGUGCGACGAAGGAUACUCGGGAGAGGAUUGUGGGAAAAGGAGAGGAGAAGAAGAAGGAGCCCAGGUCAUCCGAAUGGAGUCGGAGGAAGAGCUGAAGGAGAGGAGAGUUCGAGUGACUGGAGGCGGGAUCGGACGGGGAUGUGCCAGGAUUACCAGCGGGAAUUCCCUCUACUUCUCGAGGAUUGCUGCGAGGAGGAGCGGCUGGGUUGUUCGGCUCCGCUCGGCAGCUCAUGAGACGCAGCUUCUUCGAUGCAUCGUAGUUGGUGUGAGGAUGAUGGAGACGAAGGAUUUCGUAGCGGAAUACGUCCAAUUCCUCCAAUUCUGGCUGAGGAUCGGUGGCGGGGAUCUCAUCCUCUGUUCUUCCACUUCUUCUUCUCCUCCUGUCAUCCUGGAAUAUUCUACGGACGGCGGGAUACGGUGGCAUUUCCUCCAGGAAUUCCCGCCGCGUCAGCACCACUCUCCGAGGCUAGUGAGGAUCCAGGCGAAGGGCCCAGUGCCUGGAACGGGCCUGGACGGGUGGGAAAAUGGGAUGCCCUGGAUGAGUACCACGGACCGGGUACUGAAACGGUACUGCAAUUCUCCCGUGGAGAGUGCCGUGUUUCAUGGGUCCAGACACGAGGAAAAAUUUGCCCUCACCCACGAUGUCGUCUUUCGAGAUCACGAUGUCCUCAUGUUCGAGAUGGCCGUGGAAUGUGGGGCUAUGUUCUCGGAAGAGGAAAAAGUGUCAUUUGAAUACGGGAUCGUCGACGACAGAGGCUUAGUGGAAUGGAGCCUCUUCCGAAAUGCCCUUCAUCCCCCAUCCUCUUCCUCCUUCUCUUCCCCCGUUCCCUUCGUAGAACCCUCCAUCUUCUAUCCAGGCAAUUGGUCUCGAGUCCUUCUCACGCCUCCAAAACGCAUCCUCGACAGACCGGUGUUGAUUCGCUGGAUCCAGAAGAAAGGCUCGGGGUUUAGCCUGCGUCAUGUUUACUUAGGACCCGCAUGUCCCAAUCACUGUUCGGGACACGGACGCUGUCGGAAUGGACUGUGCCUCUGCGACUCCGAAAAAUACCUCGGGGUAGAGUGCAGGUUCUCGGAGCGAGUUCAGACCGGACUAGAAGAGCACUUCGAAGAUCAUGAUGACGAUGAUAAAUCCGGCAGGGGGCACGUCAAUGGACUCAUCUAUCAUGGAGGAUGGGUAGAUUUCUUCUGCGGGAGGAAAUCCUGGAAUGAACGGUCUUUGGUGAUGGGUGGACCUGGACCCCGAGUCGUUCUCACGCCUCCCCUCAACACCUCCAACACAUCUUCUAUGAUGUUGACGGUGGGGAUCGGAUCAUCCGUGUCCUCUGACCCGAAAGCCGGAUGCUUCCCGGCCUGGGACGAGAAGGGGAGUGUGAUCGUGGACGCGAGUGUUGACGGAGGGCUCACGUGGUCACCCCCUCUCCAAGUCCUUUCGCCCGCUCACUUCCAGGAACCCAGACCCAUCUGGAUCCCACUUCCGGAUUCAGCACGGGGACCAGAAAUCCAUUUCCGGUUCUGGCAGCCCUUCCCCUCCGACACUGACUCGUCUCGUCCCCACCCCAGGCCGACGUGGUCGGUGGACGACAUAUACAUCGUCCCAAACGAGCCAGGAAUGACCGGACUCGAGGAAGAUUUCCAGCCUCUACACAAAGCUCAAUGGUUUCGUAUUUCCAAUGGAAAGAUAUCCCAAACCUGCGGAGCUCCAGACAACGUCCUGCAAUUCGGCCAAGAGAACAGUACGUUGAACAGUACUUCACGGCACGUGCAUGUCGCAGAGUCACCUGACUGA